AGCUUCGACGGAGGGAAAGUCGCGGCUCGAACGACGCGACUCGAGCGGGAUAAGCGAAAGAGAGAAGGGUGGGUGCUAGUGAUGAAGAAGUAGGCUGACGAUGUACGGUCGUGAGGGGGUGACGCGGCGUGGAAGGGUCGCACGCUGCGACGCUGCACGAGAGGGCGGAUGUCAGUCCACGUUCGAACGGUCGCCGGUAUGGGCGCGUGAACGGAUCCAGUCUCGGUCGGACCGCGUUUCUCUUUCGCCACCCUUCGCGGUUUUCCGCGACAAAAACUCGAUAAACCGGCGAUGUCUGAGAUACGCGAUCAAAGAUGACCGAGAGAGAAAGAGAGAAAGUGCGUGCAGAGAAAAGGCGCAGAAAGUCGAUCCAAUGGGAUAUGGUCAUCGGUGCGAUGCACGCGGCGUGUCGUUGAAGACUCGGAUGUGUCGCUCGAAACAGGGUUUUUCGAUUGAUUAAUAUUUAUUUUGAAAAUUACGCAACCAACAAUCUUUUGAUAUCAUGUAUUGGUACACAGAAAAAAAAAUGUAUAUUGAAAAGAAACCAGACUUCUCUACAAUUUCAUAUCUAUAUGAUUUUAAGCAUAAUUAUUGUCAAUACACAUCGAUAGAGCUAUGGUACGUUGUCAGUAUCUAUUAUCCGUGAUAACGUGCUUUAUAUAGAGAAUAAUAACCACAAAUUUUUGAUACAUGACACAUGAUACGUUUGAUAGUGUAAAAUCUCUAUCGUAAAAUUGUCGUAAAAGUAAUCGCGAGCAACUUUUUGCGAAUAAACUCAAAAGCUAAAAUGUGAAAUAUAAUAACUAAAUUGAAGGAAGAAAUCGCGACAUUAGACAGACCGAAGUGAAGCAGUGAUUGUUAAAGUGCGUGCUCCUCAACCUGAAAUCAUGGUCAAGGGCACAACAGUCAAGAACAGCAACGGUGGAUGUUCUCUGCACUGGACCGUUAAUCCCGUCGGGCAACACAGACAUCUUCUUCAGGCGGCCGCCUUCUACCUGGCAGUAUUAGCAAUUUUGUGGUGCAUUCGCGCAUGCAUAUAUCACCGAAUAUCCGAGACCGACCAGGUGGUACUGACUCUGGUGGACACCGCAGCGGCUGGAUUGCAGAAUCUGGCCGAGCCGAAGAUCGAUCAUGAGUUUACUUCGCUCGAUCGAGCAUCGAUCAAGAAUUCUACGUUGUCGGGCAACAGUCAGGUUAGACAAUCCGACCACGUAAAAGAGACUGCACCGACGACGCAGAUUCCGUCGCCGCCGAUCGUCGAUGAGACAACAGAACGAUCAAAUAACACUAAUGUCCUCGGGGACGGCGAGGAAGCGCUUCUACCGAAAAAGAUCACUGCUGAGGAGCCACCGGAGGUUGUAGUGAUCGUAAGAGCGGAGCAAAAAAUCAACACGGACGAAUUGGAACUAAGAGUCGAAGAGGAGGAUACUAGUCAAACUCAGGUACCCGAGGAACUGUCGUCGAAGAUCGACGACACCUUCGCCACGGCACCAGAAUUGAAUGACACGGCGGCCAGAGCACGAUUGGUCGGCGACAGCAGGGAUGAGACCGCAGCGGCGAUUCUGAACGGACUCGUCACUUCAGGUCCUACUGAGCCCCAUGAGGAUAUACCGUCUUUUAGCGAGUGGGCACAGAAGCGUUUGGAGGAGGCUGAAAAGAAGAAAACUCAUCCGAACGCUUCCGUACAGACCCCAGGUAGUCCAGGACGAGGAGUAAGCGGCAUGAAAAUUCGCAACAAGAAUUACGCUUCUCCCGACUGCGGUGCCAAGAUUGUGGCAGCCAAUCCUGAGGCGAGUAGCGCUAAGAACGUCUUGGUAUCUACGCGAGACGAAUAUAUGCUGAAUGCUUGCACGUCACGCGUUUGGUUUGUCGUCGAAUUGUGCGAAGCGAUACAAGCAAAGAAAAUCGAGUUAGCGAACUUCGAGCUCUUUAGUUCGUCGCCAAAGGACUUUUCCGUCUACGUGAGUGAUCGAUUUCCCACCAAGGAUUGGAGUCCGGUCGGUCAGUUUACCGCCAAGGACGUGAAAGACGUUCAGAGCUUCGCUCUACAUCCUCAUUUUUUCGGAAAAUUCAUCAAAGUCGAGCUCCAAUCGCACUAUGGUUCUGAACAUUUUUGUCCUGUCUCAUUGUUUCGCGCUUAUGGCACCAGCGAGUUCGAAGUGUUGGAGACCGAAACGGAGAAUGAGACUUUGGAAGAGAAGAAUCCGGAUGAAGACGAUGACGAGGAUAGUGACGAAGAAGAACUGUUAGAUAGCGAGGGUGGUGACUCACCGAGCAAUCUCUUUGGUAGUGCACGCGAUGCCGUGCUGAAUGUAGUGAAGAAAGCUGCGGAGAUUCUGGUCAAGUCCAGCGGUCUCACCGGAAACAACAUCACACAAAUCCAGCAGAGCAUCGACCAUGGUCACAUCUUGGACAAUUCAUAUACGAGCUGCACGACACCAAGAUACACAAUCCUCUGCGGUAACUGCACCGAUCAAAAAUUUGCCAGUGUUUUCCAGUUGGUUAGCUGUAAGAAUCAGCAGUUGGAUGGUUUGCUUAGGAUUGAUUUGGUGAACAGAACUUUGAGACGAGGAAAACUAUGCGGUCUUCAUGGCGUGGAAAUUCAAUCAUUUUGGCGAGGAAGAGAGGAUGAUAAAACCAGGCACGAUGACACGACAACACACUUUAAUUUAGCGGAAGAUCUUCAGGCGACUUUUUUAACGUCAUUCUUUAAACCUGAAUAUAUCAUAGCAUUGUGCAAUGUUUUGGCAACGAAAGAACGCAAGGUGGUAAUGAAUACGAGCUACGAAAUUUCCGUGAACAAAUCUAAGGAUACCGCUAAGGAAGACAUUUUAUCCACUAAGGAUUCCAACAUCGAGAUCACUUUUCAUCAUCAAUCAUCCUCCACUCUAGAUCUAUGUACUUUGAACUCGAAUCCUUCCGCUUGCAAGUCUGCCGUAUCCUUCCAAGAGGAGCGACAGCAACCAUUAACUCAAGAUAUCAGCAAGGAGAGCGAGAAGAUUACUAACACGACUAUAGAGACUUCUGCCAGCUUUCCGGACAGUUUAGCGUCACAGAUCAAGCCUACGAAGACACUCAGUAAAGAGGACUUGAAAAAGCAGUCCUCCGUACCAAUUUUAGAACCCAGUAAGGAAUUUACCGAGGAAACAUUGCAAUCGCAAGUCCUGACGACUGUUCCACCGCUGUCUAAUCCGACACCAAUAUUGAAGAUUGUUGAGGAGUUGCCGGUUUUAGGAACUCGUCUCGAGACGACACUGCCAAUAAGUAACAUUCCGCUAAUAAACAUUGACAGUCAAGAAAUUGGUGAGACCACUGGCACGGCUGAUACGGAAAGUAUCGAGACUGUUGCGCAAGUUAAAACGGACAAGUCGGAAAACGGUGAACAGGAUGGAAGACAAGCGAAAGAUCAAAAUGAGCAAGAAGCUCGAUUGUCAUCUCAGGAUAAUCUCUCGUUGGAUUCAUUACUGUCCGAUUUGAAAGAUUUGGAGGUCGAUACGGUUAACAUGCAGAAUGGGGCGUCCAGCUCGUCGCCAACGACUCAACCCACAGCAAAUGUCGUUCCUCAGAAAGAGUCUGUUUUUCUCCGAUUGUCCAAUAGAAUUAAGAUUUUAGAAAGAAAUAUGUCACUUAGUGGGCAAUAUUUGGAGGAAUUAAGCCGUCGCUACAAAAAGCAAGUCGAAGAAAUGCAGCGCUCAUUGGAGCGUGCGGUAGCUGCUAUGGGCGAAGAAUCUCGAAAGGGUGAGGAGCGCGAUGUGAAAAGAGCGGAAGAAAUCGCUACUUUAAAGGAAGAAAUUAUUAUACUCUCUAAAUCGGUCGAAACUCUUCUCUACGAUCGGGACAGUUGGCGCAGUCGAAUAUCUGCGAUUAUUCAGCAUGCUUUGCUAAUCUGUCUGGAAGUUGUUGUUAUUAUCUUGGUACUCUCUUAUUGUCGUCGAAGAGAAGAUUUUGAGGAAGAAAAACUGGAAUCGGACUCGAGGGACACUAUGCGUCGAAAGAGCGCGGAAAACUUUAGUUCUCACGCGGCGGCGAAGAAAAUGAAGAAGCGGCGACCCAGUGAAAUUGCUUCUCACAUUAGCGGCACGUAUCACGAGUUGAUGAUCGAUGAUCGACCCUACGAGACAAAGAAAGAGCGAAAGAAAAAACGAAAGAAAGAAGCGACUGCCGCGAGUGCUAAAGCAAUAAUUAAUACCGACGCGAGGCAAGAAGUUCGUUACAAGAAUAUGAUUCCCGGUGGUACGACGUUGCCAUUGAGAAGAGCGUCGUCCACAGAUCGGCCACACUUCGAAGAAUCGCAGGAUUUGGUUGGCAAGAGACCGGAAUCCGCAUCCGAAACUGCCAUCGGUUGGUUCGAUGAUCAAACAGAAAGAAUAGAACGAAUCGCGCCACAGGAUAAAGCCGAGAUGGAAUCCAGAGCGAGUUCCGAGCUUGGCAAACCUAAUGUGUCAUUAGUGGUCACAAACAGGCCUAUCGAGAGAUCAGGCCCGUGUACGACCACGGUCGAGCGGAAACUUGAGAAAAAUGGCUCGUUCAGAGCUGGGAGUAUCCUCAAGGGCGCGAGAUUGAGCUCGCCAUCCUUUAUGAAAACUGCCCUAGGUGCGAGAAGCAAGAGGAAGUUCUCCACGAAUUCUACCGAGAAAUGGGAGUGGAGCCAAGAUUUGGAGCAUUCAAACGUCAGGUCUUCCCAGUCCAGUCCCACGGACUUCAAGACGCUGUCGCAAAUCAUCAGUGAUCGUGCCAACGGUAGUUCCGCGAACGGUUUGGUGAUCGAGGAAAGCGACGAAUCGAGAAGCAGUAGCGCUACACCUACGUCGAUCAAGAAGGAGAAGAGGAGUGCCGGUUUGAAAAAAAUGGUAAGAAAGUUUUUCUGAUUGAAAUAGAAUUUAGUUUUUCUGAUUGAAAUACCGUGAAUAAAAGCUGAACUGGAUCAUCACUGUUUGCAUCGAAUUGAUCGUCGUAUAGAUAUUGCGUACUCGUGAGAGUUUUAAGUUUGACACCUUGCUUCGUUGACUUUUAUUCCAAUUUCCUCUAUUUUUUCAUUUAAAUCUACUAUUUGAAUUACUAAAAGAAUACAGGCUUUAUUUGUUAUUGCACGAUAAAUUAAUUAAUUUAAGGCGGAAAUGCAAGGCAUUGGACCGAGAGAUCUCACAAAUUUAACCAAAUGUAUAGAUAUGCGCACGUAUUUUAUGAAGAAUGAAAAGUAGCCAAGUGGAACUGAGAAAACUUAUCAUAGUUAUGAUAUAGAAAUAGUUUGAGUACGAUAUUUAUUUCACAGUUACUAGUCUUUCUGUCGAUGAAUAAACGGUGUGUGUUAAUUAUUUAAAUCAAUUAAAGUUUAAUCCUUUUCUUAUUAAAAAGACUGCAUGUAUAUUUGAAGAAUGUAUUAUAUCUUAGAAAGGGAGAUAAUUUACACAACAUUUUGAAGUGUUACGGAUUGAAAUUAAGGAAAGUCUUUCACAUAAUCGCCUAAAUUCGAGAAAUCUCUUCCUUGUAAGAACGUUUAGCUUUAUGCGCUGUUAGCACAUAAUAACUGCGCUGUACUUACUAAUGAUAAUAGCAUCAUACGUAAUCAAGUUUGGCGUAUAGCGUUAAUGGCGAUUGUAGCGAAAUAAUGUAAAAGUUUAUUAUAAAGCAUACGCAAACGAGAGAUUAAAUGUGAUCCUACCGCUAUGGAAGAUAAGAAAAUAGGAAAACAGAAAAAUAAAAAAAGAUGUGUAAAAAAACAACUUACAAGGAUAAAUUAGUUUACGUAGCAAUCAUAUAUGACUAUGAUUGAUCUUAAUCGAUACAACUGCAGUGACUACAACGGUUUAGAAAAACAUUUUUAUGUUUUAGAUUGGAUUAUAUUUAAUUUUUACCUACGAAUCACAUCCGCCAAAGAAAAAAAACGAAUGACAGAGAGAAUGUGUGUGAACGAAAUGUUGCGAGCAAACUCUUAAAACAUUAACAAUAGCAAUUUACUGUCGCAUAAUCAAAGAGAAUUAAUUUUUGUUGUCAAUGGAACAUGUAAAUACACAAUAGUAUCAAAAGUGAGAAAAGAUGAAAUCUCUCAAUUCUACCAGUGAUUUACACUCAUAUAAUCAUGAUAUAAGGAUAAAAGAAACCUACAGUUACAAUAAGUGAAUUCAACUUUGUUGUUACUGAAUUGUACAUCGAAGGAAUUGAUUAGGAAAUUUCAUAGAAUCAAUAAUCCAUUUUUUUGUAUACAAAGCAUUGUCUUAAAAAUUAGGUUGCUUUUACUUUGGUUUGAAAUUUGUAAACGUAUUGGCAUGGUACUUUAUAAAUGCACUAUGUAUACUUAAUCAAUAUAUAUACAUAUAUAUCCGCUAUUAUCGCUUUAAUUUUCGAUUUUUUAUAUUAAUAUAAAGUUUCAAUGAAAUUGAUUUUUAAUUGACUACAGAAAUUAAACACAAGUUUGGUUUUUCCAUCAAAUAAAUUUUUCUAUUUAAUAUGGAACAUUCAUUGAUGGACUUGUCUGUUGAGUUUAACUAUAAUAUAUGAAAGCGGUAUUUUGUUCUAGCCAUUUCAUGAUUGCUAACAAUAGAGUUCUGUAUACUGUAAUUACAAGAAAGAUAGUUGCAACCAAAAAAUUGCGGUGAUUUUCAUUAUUAAUUUUUCAAGAAGUGAUAUGCUCGAUAAAAUAAUUUAACUGUCUUAUAUUUCUCUUAUUUCCUGUUUCUUUUUUUAUAAAUAAAAGUGAUAAAUAAUAGAUUUUCUUACAUUCAAACUCUUGUUUGUUAUUAUUGUUAGCAAAUUUCUAAAUUUUAUUUACAAAUAAAAAAAAAUUUGAUCUGCCGAAGCUUUUAGACGUUUUUUUCUAUUUGCUCCAUCUUCUUUGAAAUGCGUUAAUCGAUUUGCUUUCUCUGAUAAUCUACCGUCUUCCAACAAUAAUAUGUUAUGUGACGUUUGUUCUAUAGAAAUUUUGUAUGGGUAUACGUAGUGAUUUUAAUAUCAUUCGUCUUUUUCUUUUUUCGAAAUUUAGAUUUACAUCGCAAAUUUAAUACUAAACGUAUCAAUUUCGAUGAUAAGAUAUGCAGUACGACUUUUAUUUAAUUGAAUAAUAAAUAGCCAAUGAUGUGUGUUUAGACUUAAAUAUAAAAUGCACAUGCAGACGUUUCUUUGUCGACAUAUUAACAUUAUAUGCGUUGUAUUUCGGAGAUUAACAACCAUUAUGCCAGCAUUUUGUAUCUGAUAAAGAAAUGCGCUGUGAUAAAACCCUCUUGAGAUUUGCGAAAUGCAACGAUUGCAAUCAAAUUGCAUGCAAAGAAACAGAGGAAAAAAAGGAAAGGAUCGAAAGCAAGAGAGAAAUGAUGAGGAGGGACAAGUGAAUACAGAAUGACUUAAAUGACUUGAAUCUUAAACGUAUGUCCUAUUACUUAACAUGCAUUUAAAGACUAUAAAUAAUAAUUUUCUGAAAUGUACAUAUGGACAAUAGUCGAGACGUGAUUUUUUUAGAGAAUACAUUAUUUUCUAGGUAUAAGUUUUAUUGUCACUCGCAUAUAUUGUCAAUCCACUAAUUAUUUAUGUGCGAUAUGAAAUACUUUAGUAAUUUUACAUCACAGGUUUUUUGUUACUGAUAAUAAGACCAUCACUGUCCUAGCGAAUUUAUAUACGUAAUUUUAAUAAAACAAUGUGAAGGUAACAAUUAAACGCAAACGCGGAACUCAUUUCCUGAACACAUAUAAGUUUUGUUAGUAUGGUAUUAUUUUUUCUAAUUAAAUGUAAAAGAGUAUGCAUCAUCAAUAGACAGUGAAUAAAAAAAAUAAAUUGCAAUUAUUAUACCAGAACGUAUUGUAUUGUAUAUUAUUUAUGUCGUAACUCCCAACUCUGUUUUUGCAAAUUGUAAUUGUAUAUUACUUAAAAUGUUUUUAGAAACGAAAAAAA